AUGGGGCGGGCUUCACACCUAGGUGAUUUGGAUGGCGAUUAUAUCCCCCGUCGAGAGAGACGGCGCGACGACCAUAUCCCCGUCUGGAGAGCUCAGCCCGACCCGUCUCCCGAUUCGCUGCCCCAUCCUGUCAACGACGAAGUACAUAGUUCCCCGCGUAGGACGACAUCUCGGAGACAACGGCACCCAAGUUCAAGGAGCUUGGAGCCAAACGAGUACUCUGUUGCCUCGCCGACGAUGCCCCCGCCCCCAGCGCCAGUUCCAGUUAUCGCAUUAUCCAGGUCAGCGACUGAUGCCGCGUAUCGAAGACCUGUUAACUGUCUCGCUCCGGACGACCGGUAUGAAGUUCCUCUGGCGAGGCGGCAUUCGGCAAGGGAUAUUUCUCCCGCAUACGGAAAGGCAAGAGCGGGUGGAGAGUACUCGGGACAUUCCUCGGCGGCCAGCGGGCUUGCGUAUGGAGAAGAUCUCGACGAGGAACAUAUAGAAGUCGUAGAAGAAGUGGAAGAGGAACCGCCCAGAUAUAGACACCGGCGACAACCGAGUCGGGAUGAGUAUAUCGAGUCAUCAUCUGAUAGGAGAUACCACAGGAGACGACGAAGGCCAUAUCUUGAAGAAGAAAAUGGGUCGCCAAGGUACUAUGCUGCGAGCGACAGCGGCUCUGCAGCCCAUGCAUCGUCCAGGACACCAGAUCGGAGCACUUCAUCUCGUCGAGAGAGGGUCUAUCAUGUCCCAGAUGUGAUUGAAGACUCACGGCCGCCUAUUUCGUCCAAGAGACCACUAGUGCAUCGACGUCACCGGUCCGCGGAGGUGAUACAACUUGAUCAUCCAAAAGUUCGGAGAUCAAGCACUGUAAGAUCGAGCCAAAGCAGGGCUGGGUCAAUAUCUGGCGGGCCCGCUGCUAUCAUAGGAAGUAUAUUUGGCGCACCCUUGGCGAGACAGGAGAGCCCGGAGAAACGGGCUAGAGAAGUGAGGGUGCCAAAGAAACGAGUCGAAUGCGUAAUCUGCAUGGGAGAUAUUUCAACUUCUAAAGCCUCGAAACUAAGGUGUGGACAUCACAUGUGUCGCUCAUGCCUUGAACGCAUCUUCAAGCUCUCCAUUACCGAUCCUCAACACAUGCCUCCCCGAUGCUGCACUCAAGAUUACAUUCCUCUGAAGCACGUCGAACGCCUAUUUGACAACACAUUCAAGAAGACUUGGAAUCGCAAAUUCGCCGAAUACUCAACCAAGAACCGAAUCUAUUGUCCGUCUCGAAAGUGUGGAGAAUGGAUUAAACCAGCCAAUAUUCGGCGAGAAGAUGGGCGCAAAGUGGGAAAGUGUAGUCGUUGCAAAACCAAGGUAUGCUGCGCCUGCAAUGGUCGAUGGCAUGGAGCCACCGAAUGUCCGAACGAUCAGGAGACGGCGGCUAUUCUUGCACAAGCACAGGCAGAAGGGUGGAAGCGAUGCUAUAAGUGCAAAGCCUUGGUAGAACUGGAGGAGGGUUGUAACCACAUGACUUGUCGCUGUGGCGCUGAAUUUUGCAUGAUUUGCGGCGUAAAAUGGAAGAAUUGCGACUGUCCCUGGUUCAACAACGACGACGACGUUCGUCGCGCCGAUAUUCUAGACGACAUGAACAUUCCAGUUCCUCACAUCAGAGGUGAUCUUGGGGACAUCUUUCAUGGCGACGGCCCGCCUGCGCCGAUAGAAUUACGAGGGUUUACGGGACCUCAUCAUCCUACAAUGAUUCCAGUUCGUCGACGACCAAGGACGUAUCAGGAGGAAAUGCACAUGAGACGAGUACAGGAAUCUCAAGAUGCGACCAUUGCUCGCCAUCUACAGUACAUUAAUGAUUACGAUGACACGCAUAAUCACAAUAUAAUGGGUGGGUUGGGAGACAUCCACGGCAUUGGAAACGCUGGGGGACAUUUUAUGAACGAGAAUUUCAGCCGUGCCGGACGAUUUGGUCCCCAACCACGGGUUGCAGCAAUGCACGACAGAGCCGAGUACGGCGAUAACCGGCGCUCGCGAGCGCGUGUGGAAACGUCUCAAGAACGACGACUAGCAGAUCGUCUGUCAGAGACUCGGUCUGGUUUAGGAUCCCCUCCAGCGGCAGGACCCAUAUACCCAGUAGGAAUGAACGUGCCUCCUCUGCCGGUACCAGCAAUGGUCCCUCCCCAUCUGCAACGUGCCCUGCGACAUCACACGAAGGACGCAGAAACGUACAACAUAUCGCCCUACACACCGCGCUCGGAGAGAGUUGUGGGGGCUCGGAUGUCGAGGGAGUAUGACGAUGAGGCGGAGGUUCACUCACCCCUACGGGGUAGCCGGCGUAGAGCCAGGGGAGAUCGGCCAAAAUCGAGUGAUUUGGCGGGGUUGAACGGCACAGGAAGAGGGAUGAAUCGGGUUUCUCAGUGGAGGACGUUUGUUGAGCCUGGUAUUCCGGAUGGGGAGUCUACGGUCGGGCAUGCUUAA